UCCCCCGCCUCGGCGGCGCCCGAGCCUCUGUCCACGCCGCGGGGAGCACGAACUUCACCAGGUAACUCUUCCUGCAGGAUGCAUUAAGAGCAGACGAUCUCAGCCGUUAAGAAUGGAGAGCAGUGUGUCGGCUUCCAGUAUGCAGGACCCUUCAUCCUCACCCUUGGAAAAACAUCAGAGCUCAGCUGAUCGCAAUGGAGAUCUUGAUUCAGAAGAAGGCUCCAGUUUGGAGGAGACUGGCUUUAACUGGGGGGAGUACUUGGAAGAGACGGGAGCCAGUGCGGCCCCACAUACCUCCUUCAAACAUGUUGAGAUCAGCAUUCAGAGCAACUUCCAGCCGGGGAUGAAGCUGGAGGUGGCCAACAAAAAGAACCCGGACACGUACUGGGUGGCCACGGUCAUCACCACCUGCGGGCAGCUGCUGCUGCUGCGUUACUGUGGUUAUGGGGAGGACCGCCGGGCUGACUUCUGGUGUGACGUGGUGAUCGCAGACCUGCACCCCGUGGGGUGGUGCACGCAGAACAACAAGACCCUCAUGCCCCCGGACGGUGAGCGUGGGCUGGCCUAGUUCUCUGGCAUCACUUGUGAUGCUCAGAGAGAAACCUUGUAGCAAUUUGAUAACUGUGAUUUCCUAGGAAGGUCCACCAUUUUCAUGAUCUCUUCUUGAGUGGCCUCAGCCUCAGGGUGCUGAAGUAAGGGGGAACUGGGUGCAUUUUCAAGAGUUGGAGCUGAACCUGAUGGCUGAACCCACCAUGGUCUUUUUCAGCGUUUGAGCUUAAUCAAUCCUUGUGUGGGUCUUUGGAGGUAGGAAAAGGAAGGCCGAAGUGAUGCUGGCAGUAGAAGUCUUGUUCUCUAUUUCCUGCUGAUGGGUUAUCUUGCCUUGUUUCUGGGUGAAAUCCUGCCUUUUUGCUGUCCUUGCUUAUCUCAAGACUUACUCUUAAAUUUUGACACUUUUAAAACACUCGGAGAAGAUGUAAGUGGGUUUCUUCACUUUAUAAUACAUCCUCUAGUGGGUCAUUUUAGAGAGAAGUUCCAGGGUACAGAAUUUUAAUACUCUUAAGAGCUGAUGGGUUCAUUUAGUUAAAAAAAAAAAAAAAUUCCAUGCUGUAGCUGUAGAAAAGAGGGCAGAGUUGAUGAAUCAAUUUUUCUUUCUCACUUGGGUGAAAAAUGUGGCAGCUGCCCUAGUUUCAGAAACACCAUCAAAUUUGUAUCCUCUUGACUUUGUGCUCUUAGGCAAGACCCAGACACACUUAAAAUGACAAAUUGCAAGUGAAAAAUGGGGAAACCCCGUGAGAAAGAGACACCAUUAAUGUGACUGAAAGAUCUGAAGUCUGUUCAGACCAUCCCAAGUGAUGCUAAUUGGAGAAUUUCUUUAUUGCUCGUUUUAGAGAACUUUUAACAAAAUUGAGUAGGUGAUCGAUACACGGCUUGGAAAUCUUACGUACAGAGAACAAAGUCAGGAAGUCGCAGGUUCACGGGGCAGGAGAUUUUAUUGAUUGCUGUAGUGCAGGAUAAUCAUUGCUUUGUAGUCAGAGAUAGCAGCUCAUUCCAGAGGGAAUCGUGGAAUGUGUUUUUGCACAAGGAUUCUGGGUGGUGUGGUUUUCUGUCUUGCAGAGCUCGUCACACGUAUAUCCCACAGCUGUACCUGGUUGAUCUUUGUCAUGGUUAAACUUGAAAGGCGUCCCAGAUUAUUUAACAUGAGUGCAAGUGGUCCAUGACACCUCAUGUAUUUGUUUGAGAUGCUGUGUGGUGAUAGAGAUUUUCUCACUGAUCCCAGGAAUCACGGG